AUGGAUUAUCUGUCUCAACCCGGCUUCCUCAGCGUCGUCGCUGGAGUCGUGUGCGGAGUGUGCCUAGGAUGGGGCAUUCGUGGGAGAUUUUUAAGGCAGCCCAAAGCCAGAAUGGCUGCAUCUGCAAACAACCUGGGGAGCGAAGCUAACAUCAUGGGAGAGUCCGGGGAGUUCAAGAUGGUGCUGAUUGUCCGCAACGAUUUGAAGAUGGGAAAGGGGAAAGUAGCAGCGCAGUGUUCCCAUGCUGCUGUUUCUGCCUACAAGCAAGUUCAGAGAAGAAAUCCUGAACUCCUGAAACAGUGGGAAUACUGCGGACAACCUAAAGUGGUCCUCAAAGCUCCUGAUGAAGAGACUCUGAUCCAACUCCUGACUGAUGCUAAACACCUCGGACUGACCGUGAGCUUAAUACAAGACGCGGGUCGUACUCAGAUAGCUCCAGGCUCCCAGACAGUCCUUGGCAUUGGACCGGGACCAGCUGAUGUAAUAGAUGAAGUUUCUGGUCACCUAAAACUCUUCUAA